CCAGCAGGGGAAGAACAAUACAGCAGAAAAGCAGACCAAAAAGUUGAACGGACUGACAUUCUUCCAAUUUUCAGCUUGGAAGUAUUCAAAUCAAAGACCCCACGAUCCCCCACAACGUCGAUUUCUCAUGGCUUAAGAGUGAUUCUCCGAAUCAAAUUCCCUCCAUUUCCAGACGCAGCAGCAGGAGCAGAGCCAAUCAUGGGGAAUGGCAGUUCCAAGCUUGAUUCUUCCUCCUCUUCAGAUCCCGAUGCUGAAGACUCGCGUGGUUCUCGAUUCAAGAAGCGUAUGCAUCUUCGUCGAUUUCUUCGAAGGCGUCGUGGAGGAGACGCCAAUGGCAAAGGAAUUCGUUCUCAUACCAAACUUGGCUCUGUGGAGGAUUUCGCUGGAAUCGCUGUUCUUACUCUUAUUAGUGCGCAAAUGAAUUUCAAGGAUAAGUGGCUCGCUUGUGUUUCGUUUGGAGAGCAGACUUUUCGGACGGGAAUCUCUGAUCACACUAAAGACCCAGCUUGGAACUCUGAAAAGAAGCUUCUCUUGGAGAAGGAUGGACCUCAUAUUGCGAGGAUCUCUGUUUUUGAGACUAAUAGAAUAUCCCGAAACAACCUUGUAGGAUAUUGUGAGAUCGAUCUACUUGAAUUUCUAUCACAGGAUUCAAGCUCUGAGGAACUCAAAUUGUUGGAUCCAUCACCACCUAAUGAAGUGGUUGGAAAAAUUUAUGUGUCAUGUUCUGUUGAGGACCCGAUCGAAACUGAGAAACGCUUUGCAAAACGCAUCUUAUCUAUUGUGGAUUAUAAUGAGGAUGGAGAGCUCUCAUUCCCUGAAUUUUCUGACUUAAUUGAUGCUUUUGGCAAUCAAGUGGCAGCUUCUAAGAAGGAGGAGCUUUUUAAGGCAGCUGACAAGAACGGGGAUGGUGUUGUCACGCUUGAUGAGUUGGCUGCUCUUCUUGCUGCUCAACAAGAGAAGGAACCAUUGAUGAAUCGCUGCCCUGUUUGUGGUGAAGUUCUUGAAGUUUCUGAUAAACUGAACAAUAUGAUUCACUUGACUCUAUGUUUUGAUGAAGGAACUGGAAACCAAGUUAUGACCGGAGGGUUCUUGACCGAUAAACAGGCUGCAUAUGGGUGGAUGUUUAAGUUAAGCGAAUGGGCCCAUUUUUCGUCGUAUGACGUUGGUCUAAACUCUGGUUCAAGUGCAUCUCAUAUUGUAGUUUAUGAUCGGCAGAAAAAAAGGCUAGUGGAAGAGAUAAUUGAUGGAAAGAUUGUUUUGUCAAUGAGGGCCAUCUAUCAGUCAAAAGUCGGUCUUGCUCUUAUGGAUAAAGGGGUGAAAGAACUCUUACAUAGCAUUUCUGAAAAGCAAGGAAAGCGGAUGGAUUCAGUUGAAUCUGCAAAAGAUAUUCCACAUUUCAUUGAAUCUUUCAAGGAUCAAAUCAAUAUGAAUGAGGUGAAGCAUCCUUUAGAAUAUUUCAAGACAUUUAAUGAAUUCUUUAUAAGAGAGUUGAAGCCCGAUGUGAGACCAAUUGCACAUGUGGAAUGUGAUGAUGUUGCCGUAUGUGCUGCUGAUUGCCGAUUAAUGGCAUUUAAAUCAAUCGAUGACAGCCUAAGGUUGUGGAUUAAGGGGCGGAAGUUUUCAGUUCAAGGUCUUCUAGGGCAAGAGAUAAGCGCGGGUGCUUUUAUGGAUGGGACGUUGGUGAUAUUUCGUCUGGCACCACAAGAUUAUCAUCGCUUCCAUUUUCCAGUCUCUGGAUUCAUUGAACAAAUUGUAGACAUACCUGGAUGCCUGUAUACUGUUAAUCCAAUUGCUGUCAAUAGCAAGUAUUGCAAUGUCUUCACAGAAAACAAGCGAUCAGUAGCUAUAAUUUCAUCUUCUGAUUUUGGCAAGGUUGCUUUUGUUGCAAUUGGAGCUACCAUGGUUGGCAGCAUAACCUUCACAAAAGGGAAGGGAGAUUAUGUAAAAAAAGGAGAAGAGUUUGGGUAUUUCUCUUUCGGUGGAAGUACUGUAAUUUGCGUAUUUGAAAAGGACUCGAUCCAGAUAGAUGAGGACCUGUUAGCAAAUAGUUCCAGAUCACUUGAAACUUUGGUUCGUGUUGGGACUAAGCUUGGUGUUUCUACUAGAAGAGUUUCUCAAGCUGAUUUGCCAGAUGUAAGACGCUGUGCCUUGGAUGACUGAAAAUGAGCUCAUCAGUGUAUGUCGUUUUCUACCUUGUUCAUAGUUAUCUUGAGUAUUUUCUGAAUCUGUCAAUUCCAUCUAUUUACUCUGAUAUUGUCGCCAUCCCACGGAGGCAGAAGAAAAAACAAAAAAGGACAGAUCUGAUUGAUUUUGUGAAUACCAAUAAAACCAACUGUGUUGUAUGUUGCCUGCA